UUAUACAAUUUUAUACAAAUCACUUGAUAUAUAUAAAUUCAUACAGAUGUAUUUAUUGAUCAAACGCACAUGCUCGUCGUCAGGGAUACGAAUUUAAAGGUUCUAUUAGUAAAUGACAACCGUAGUAUUAUUUGAAAUCUAAAGCGAAUCGUCUUAAAGUAUGGCAGAUCACACGAAAUAUAUAAUAUCACCAUGGGAAAUCGAGGCUUACGUGCAAAGCUUAGAGAAUUCAAUUCUGGAAAAUAUCGGCACAAAGGGCUGGUUGGAUUUUCACAAACGAUUGAUAUUAUUAAACCAGCAAAGUGUACUCGAAGUAACAGAAUUACGCGAAGAGAGCGUGAUAGAAUGGUUUAUCUCGUUAAAAAAAACACCUAUUCUUAUAUACGAAGCUAUACAAAUUGAUAUAUGGAAGCACAAAGUAUUUCCACUGUUAAUUGAUCUUAAUGGCGAACCGUCAAAUACGUUUAUGUUGUUCAGUGUUCUUUAUCAUGAAGUCAUUCUAGUUUCAUUAUUGGAAAACAUAUUAUUUCAUUGCGAAAGUGCGCAAUCAGUGGAUGAUACGAUAAUCGAUCUCAUUGAUUACGCUGUUCAACACGUGACGAUGCUUCUCGAUGGAAAAACCUUAGAAAUCUAUGAAAGAUUUGAAGCUAAAGAUCCUAAUUCUUGCCUGGAAGAAAUAUUGGAGAAACAAAAAAUAUUCGACUUCGACAUUGGGAUGCGAUGUAUUUCCAUUCUUCAUUAUUUAAUAGAAUUUCUGGACAAUUUACCUCUUUGCGCUGUUUCGCGUAUGCUGACUGUACAUGAUAUUCCUUAUUUAUUUACACAGUUAAUAGAAUAUGAACCAUGGAAGAAACAAAAUGAGGAUGGUGAGAUUCUAAUGUAUGAUGCUAAUUGGAGAAAAAUUGAGACAAAUGAAAUAGGGAAAAUUAACAAGAGAGAAGGACACGUAUGGUUUAGCUUGAGAGGAUUACUCCUUGAUCCAAAAUGUUCUCCCUAUUAUGAAAUCACAGAACACAGAAUGUCUCAAUUAUUGAAGCUGCUGAAACAUUUACACGAAGAAGUACUAGAUCAAAUAGCUCCUUUAAUAGAGCUUAAGAGAUGGUUAUCUUACUUAAAUAUGUCGGCAACGCCGUCUUCGAAUGCAACCGGUGCUAUUCAUGUAGAAGUUAUACCGCAGAUAAAAACAUCCAUUUUGGAAAAAUACCAUAAGAAAUGGAAGAAGUUAGCCAAACAUCAGUCUCAAUAUCUAUUUACUACAGAUACAAAUUAUAUCAAAGAUGCUGCACAAAUUUUAAGCGAUGUUUAUGACAUGGAAAAACUAGAUGGCGUAGAAACGAAAAAAUGUUUCUUAUGCCAAGAAUCAGCUAAAAAACGAUGUUCUAAAUGUAAAGAAGCUUGGUAUUGCAGCAGACAAUGUCAAGUGAAAGAUUGGGAAAAUCACAAAAAUAUUUGCAAUGCAAUAAGCGAAACUAAAUAACAUAUAAAUCUUUACUAGAUAUUUUGCACACGCGCGUAUAUUUAUCAACGCAAUACAUAUAAUUUAACUUUAUUUCUUUUUCUCUGCCUUUUUAAAAAAAAUCACAGUAAAAGAAUUCUACGUACCUUAAACAAGUUGCAAAACUGACUAAGAUUAAAGGAGCAAAUAUAUCGCACUUGUGUUAAUUUAUGUCAAAUAUUUUAUUAAAAGACUUUUAA